UUUAUAUCCAGGUAAAGUAAUUGCUAGUUAUCUAUUGGUAUCUUGAAUACUUAUGGUUAUAACUUACACCUCGUAUAAAACGAUUGUUGUGAAUUUUCGACUGAUUGAUCUUUAAUCAGUCCACCCGAAUAGGUGUGAAAAAUUGGACAGGUGUCAAAAACUUAGUCAUUCAGGAUGGACUCGCAGUGUGUUUAUUUAUGACCGGCGAGUAGUAUAAGAAUGGGGCAAUUAUGAGAACCACGUGUCAUUUUAAAAAUGUGCAUACCCCAAAAUCUUCAUUGAUGUGAUGGAACGUGAUUUUCUCUGGAGUGUGUAUUGAGGAAUGGGGAGUUCCUCUUCAGUACAAAUAUCUAUGCUGGGCCUGGAUUCCUCCGGUAAAACCACUAUCUUGUAUCGCAUGAAGUUUCAACAAUACACAAACGCCACCCCGACAAUCAGUUAUAAUUGUGAAACCAUCAAAGUGAAGGAGGGGCGAGCUAAAGGAAUCACAUUUAAGAUUUGGGAUGUAGGGGGACAAGACAACAAGAGACCUUUAUGGAAUCAGUACACACGUUCUUCUGAUGGGAUUAUAUUUGUGGUGGACAGUGUAGAUAGAGAGAGACUUGAAGAAGCAAAGUUGGAACUUAUCCGGCUACUUAAAAAUGCAGAUAAUCAGAGACUGCCCCUUCUUGUUAUUGCCAACAAACAAGACUUGCCAAAUUCUUUGGACUUGUGUGAAAUUGAGAAAUUAUUAGGACUUCGGGAUCUUCACCCAGGACAGGUGUGGGCAAUACAGGGGGCCUGUGCUAUUACUGGUGAAGGACUUCCAGAGGCAAUGGAUGCCAUGUUUGAUCUUAUAGUAAAAAAGAAAAGUUUAAAGAAAAAGAAAUGAUUGUCCAAUUAUUGUGUGAAUGUGUUUUGUGAAAGGCGGCUAUUUAUAACUCAAACAAGCUAUUUUAGAAAAAGAAAUUUUAUUGUGUAAACUUUUUUUGUGCAAUUUUGUUUGAAAAGUGUUGUAUUUAGAACUGUUUUGAGAUAUUUUUUAAUUAAUAUACUUUUGUUUAUUUUGCUAUUUUUAUUUUGAAGAGUAGUACUACCCAUGCAUGAAUAUACCAAAGUGUA